UUUGUUGUUAUUGUACUUUCAGACAUGCUGUGGUGUCUGUUGCUCAUCGGUUUGAUUGGGAGGCUGAGGGUGUCCCAGCAGACGACAGCUCAGUGUAACACUCAAAUUGUAGAUCUAACAAACUCCAAAUCCUCCCAGUCUUCAACUUACUCUUCUGACGACUACAGCUCUGCCAAAGCCAUCGAUGGAAAUCCGUCAUCAUGUUCAAACACUAAAGAAUUGCCUGAUUCCUGGUGGAGCGUUGAUCUGCAGGGUGUUUACAACAUUUCCUGCAUCUCAAUAUACAACAAAAUCGCUAACCAUUCUAAUAUAGCUGGGGUGAAGAUCUACAUUGGGAACUUUCUACAGAACAGCGUCAACAACAAGCUGGUUUAUGACAUCACCAACUUCGAAGUUGGAAUAAACAAUCUCUACUCAUUUGGUCCAGCGCUGGGGCGUUAUGUCACCAUCAUGCCAAAAAACCCUUUAGUCCUCUGUGAAGUGAACAUCACAGGAAAUAAGAUAGAAUCCCCCUUUGAACUGUUUGACCAAAACAAGACCUGGGAAGAAGCUCUGUACUACUGCAGAGAUAAACACAGAGAUCUGGCCUCCAUCUUGGAUGAACAGAUGCAGGCUUUUGCUGAGCUGGAGGCUGAGAAAGCCAACAGUCCCUUCAUAUGGAUCGGCCUUCGCUACACCUGCACUCUGGACUUCUGGUUCUGGGUUGAUGAUAAUGUUGUAGAGUUUAAACUCUGGGGUAGGGAUGGAUAUAAAGAAGACUGUGACAUGAGUGGAGCCAUGGAGAAAAAAGGAGACCAUCGCUGGUUCAGCAAGUCUGAUGAUGAAGAGUUUAAUUUCAUCUGUGCAUUAUAAGAAACCAACUAUAAUGUGCAGUGAGACAGGCUUUAGCAGCGGGUUUAUUAUGUUCUGGUAAUCAUAAAUAAGACAUUUACUCAAUUACAUUUAGAUAACAUGUUAUGAUCAGUCACUCAGUACUUGAGUAAAUUUUUAUCAAAUAACUAAGCCUUUGAAUGAAUAUUUUUACUUUAAUAAGAAUGUGUUGAAGUUCUUACGCUUACAUCUUUACAACUUUUGGGUCCUCUGCCCACCUUUAUAUAUUGCUAAAAUGGCUAUGUAAUGUUUCUAUGCUAACAUCAAAGUCACCCUUAUAAGUCAGAAUUUCAUGAAGAAACACUGGUAUAAUGUAUGCUGUGACUUGCUGAAUAAAGAAACAUUUUAUUUUGUCUUUAUAUGAAUUCUGCUUUAUUAAUCCAGUUUCUUUUUUUCUUUUUCUUUCUUUGGAAAGACAUGAGAACCUCUUGGGAUUAGUAAAACAGUGAUUUGAGCCCCCUCUGCAAUAAAAUGAGGUGGGUUUGGUAAUUAAAUGUGUUCUCCCAUAAAAACUAGUAAUAAUUAUGAUAAACAAAAUGACAAGAUUGAUAUUAAAUCAGUUAUUUCAUUUAAGUUGCACACCAUUUUUAGCGUGUUAUGGUACAUAUAAGUUAUAAACUUAUUUGCUCCCUCUUGUGGUCAUUAUGUGAUCUGCAGAAUCCAACAUUGCAUUAAGCUUUAGGGUUUAAUUCAUUUCUUGCCCGUCACACAAAGCAUCACUGCACACUCACAGAAUAAAGGUCCACUCCUACAUGUGUUUUAACUGUUAUUUUAUAGAAACAGGACUCAUUUAACAGUACAAUCCACUACACUCCUCCAUGAAACAAAACCUGGGGAAGGAACAUCACUCACUUCACAGGUUUGACACAAAAACACAGACUGCAGGUUAGGUUGGUGACUAAUAUCUACAUGAGUGUUCACCUCACACAUACAGAAUACAUGACAGACGUGACGACAGACACAGCCUGCAGGGAGCUUUAUCAUCAUUUUUGGUGGUAUGUUUGCAUUAUUAUCGAUGCCACUUUCAUUUCAGUCAGCCAACACAAGCUG